AUGUCGACCGAGGCUACUGUCCGCGCCUUCUUUUCAUCGCCCAACUUUGCCGUCGUGGGUGCCAGUACCAACCCAGCCAAGUUUGGCCACAAGAUCUUUGCCUGGUAUACCCAGCACUCCAUUGCAGCUGUUCCCAUCAACCCGGGCAGUGCCAGCAUCGACGUGGGCUCACAAUCGUACGCAACCAAGCCGUCUCUCUCGGCCCUGCCGAAUCCCAAGGAGACGUCAGUGUCCAUUAUUACGCCUCCCUUUGCUACCCUCAAGGUUCUCAAGGAGGCCAAGGAACUUGGUAUCCCAGCUGUCUGGCUGCAACCUGGUACCUUUGACGAUGAAGUGCUAAAGUAUGCUCGAGCCACGGGUGACGACGGAUAUGGAGGUCAUGUUAUUGCGGGAGAUGGCGGCCGAGGAUCCGAGGGAUGGUGUGUUCUCGUCGAUGGGGAGAGGGGACUCAAGGCUGCUGGCAAGCUGUAG